UUAACUCCGGUUGACGCGCCCAGAGGGGGGUCUCCGCCUUCACACACGCCGACCCUCGACGUUGCUGUCGAGUCAUCGCACCAAUCCCCCUGCCACACGUGGAAUAAUCCCAUUCAGGAGGAAAGGCAAGAAUUUAAGAACGGAAUAUGAAGGACACCAUCCAGGGAGUGGAGAGGUUCGACAGCCCGGGAAAAGGGCGAGGACUCCGGGUCACCAAACCCUUUAAGGUCGGAGAGCUUAUCUUCUCCUGCCCGGCGUACUCCUUCGUGCUGUCGGCCAAGGAGAGGGGCAGCUACUGCGAGUACUGCUUCAACAGAAAAGAGGGCUUGGCCAGGUGUGGGAAGUGCAAGAAAGCCUGCUACUGCAACGCCACGUGCCAGAGAGCGGACUGGUCCAUGCACAAGUUGGAGUGCUCGUCGAUGGUGGCGUUCGGGCCCAACUGGUGCCCGUCGGAGACGGUCCGUCUGGUGGCUAGGAUACUGGCGGCCAUGAAAACACAAAAAGAGCGAAACGCGUCUGAGAAGCUGAUGCUCAUUGGAGAGAUGCAAACACAUGUGGAGGACGUGGACAAUGCCAGGAGAGAGGUGAACGAGUCGGAGAUCGCUGGGCUCCACCGCUUCUACUCCAAACAUCUGGACUUCCCCGAUCACAGCGCUCUGCUGGCUCUGUUCUCACAGGUUGCUUGUAACGGGUUCACGGUGGAAGAUGAGGAGCUGUCCCAUAUGGGCACAGCAGUUUAUCCAGAUGUGGCGCUCAUCAACCACAGCUGUCAGCCCAGCGUCAUCGUCACGUUCAAGGGGACGACGGCCGAGGUGCGGGCCGUCACGCCCAUGAAGAAGAUGGACGAGGUGAUGAUCAGCUACAUAGAUAUCCUGUACCCGACAGACGACCGCAACAGCAGGCUGAGGGAUUCUUACUACUUCACCUGUGACUGUCAGGAGUGCAAAACCCAGUCCAAAGACAAGGCCAAGCUGAAGGUGCGAAAGCGCAGCGAUCCCUACGAGCCGGAGGUGGUCAGCGGCAUGGUGCGCUAUGCCCGCAAGAAGAUGGGCGAGUUCAGGGCCAUCAAGAGCGAGAAGACCCCUAGCGAGCUGCUGGAGAUGUGCGUGCAGAGCCUGGACGAGAUGGGCACGGUGUUCGACGACGCCAACGUCUACAUGCUCCACGUGAUGUACCAGGCCAUGGGCGUGUGUCUGUAUCUGGGCGACUGGGACGGGGCCAUCCACUACGGGGAGAAGAUCCUGAAGCCCUACAGUGUGCUGUACCCGGCCUACUCCCUCAACGUGUCCUCCAUGUACCUGAAGCUGGGCCGGCUUUACAUGGGCCUGGAGAAACGCUCCCGCGGCCUCAAUGCCCUCAAGAAGGCGAUGGCGAUCAUGGAGGUUGCCCACGGCAAGGAUCACCAGUACAUGGCAGAGUUGCGUAAAGAGAUAAAAUAACAAGAAGUAGGAGAAAAGUCACGCUAUGGACUGAAAAAAGCAAAUGGACGCUUCCCAGAACUAAAGGCCUAUUCUCUUCUUCUGCAAUGUUGUUGUAAAAAGUUAAAACCUUACAUUUUCUACAGACAAUAUAAAAAUGCACAGUACCCAAUAACUUAGUACGUAUUCAAAAUUUAGGUAUAUAUAUUUCCCGUAGGUGGAAGAAACGUUUUUUCUAGAUAUUUGUUUGUCUUGGCAUGUGAUUGGUCAGUGAGUUUGUACUCAUGGCUUCAAUCUCAAACUGUUUACAUGUGUGGGCGGGAAACGGUGCAGCGCAAUCCCUCUCGACCAAUGAGGCGUAGCGGCUUUGUAACCAGGUGGCCUAUCACGCACCAGGGACUGUGACCCUGGCACGGUGAGACUCUGCAUUAACACCUUUUUGCAACUACCAUGCGUCUGUUCGUGUUCAGAUCUGUACUAAUCCUUACGCCUCACCGGCAGGUGCCAACACAGGCUCACAUUUGUAACAUAAGACGUUAUUCUGAAGUCACAUACUUAGAGAAAAUAAGGCUUUAUUGUAUUAUGGGCAAGUUUGAAAGCUUGUACAUGAUUGGAAGGGGGGGGGGAGGGGAGAAAAGACAUAUACAAUAUGCAAUAAUGCAAUAAAAAAAAGCAUAUACAAAACAUAUUUACACAAUACAAUUUUUGAAAGCCGUCCAGAUAUUUUGCCAAAAUAUUGUGUGAAAAUAAACAAAACAAGUGGAAUGCAGUAGGUGAGAAAUAUUGUCGCCAAGAGUUCAGCCGUGAAGCUUGAAGCCGAUACUGAUCUGAUGAAGGAUACUUUAUAUACAGGGAGUAUAAAAAAAAGCAUGCAUAGUAUAUUAUUAUCUUACGGUAGCUUAGGGGUACCAAGUCGAAAAAUAAUAACAAAAGUAAUAAAAAGACAUUCGUAGAAAUCUUUUUUUUUUCACGUCCGUUAUGUACAGAGAUACUUUGGACAUGGCUGGCUUUGCAUUACGUUUGAAAAGAAUACAACCGGUUAAUAGAGCCAGUCGUACAUAAUGAACUGCUACUGAGUGUGGCUAUUUUGUAUACAGAUUUCGGCACGUGGUUACGCUAUACUUUGUGGGUUUGAAUCAAUCAGUCGCUCUAGGAAAUGGCCGCCUUUUUCUGACACAACGUUGGUGUUGGUAGCAAAAAUACAAAUGGCCACCUUGAUGACCUAAAUGAAAAUAAUUCCCUGGCUUUCUACCAUAGACUUUAUCAGAAAGGAGGCAAUGGUUAGAAGCCAUGA